GUCAGUAUCUGCCAUAAUCAGCUAAAUUAUGGCGCUGUGUCGUAUCCUUCUCAGAUCCCUCCGACGAUCAUCCCCUCUCUCUCCCAGUAUCACAGCCUAUUCCUCCUCUGCAUCCACACCCACCAGUACCAAUUCUAUUCUUCAGCAGCAGCAGCAGCAGCAGAAUCACAACCUACUCUCUUCUCGCUCCUUUGCCUUCUCCUCGGCAGAAGAGGCCGCAGCCGAGCGCCGCCGCCGCAAGCGCCGCCUCCGCAUCGAACCCCCACUCCACGCCCUCCGCCGUGAUCCAAGCGCCCCUCGCCCUCGCCCCGACCCCAACGCUCCCCGUCUUCCUGACUCCACCUCUGCACUCGUUGGCCCGCGCCUAAACCUUCACAAUAGAGUCCAAUCCCUCGUCCGAGCGGGCGACCUCGACGGCGCCUCCGCCACCGCCCGUCAUGCAGUCUUCUCCAACACCCGCCCUACUGUCUUCACCUGCAAUGCCAUCAUGGCUGCUAUGUAUCGUGCUGGCCGCUACGAGGACGCCAUCGGUCUCUUCACCUUCUUCUUCAGGCAGUCGAACAUAGUUCCCAAUAUCGUCUCUUACAACGUCCUUAUCAACACCCAUUGUGAUGCUGGUCGCGUCGAUACUGGUAUCGAAAUAUACCACCACAUCCUUGCGAACGCACCCUUCAGCCCUUCUCCUGUGACCUACCGUCAUCUCACGAAGGGCUUAGUCGACGCUGGUCGGAUUUCUGACGCUAUGGAUCUCCUCCGUGAGAUGCUCAACAAGGGUCAUGGUGCCGACUCUUUAGUCUUCAACAUCCUUAUCGCUGGGUUCCUCAAUUCGGGCAACUUAGAGAGAGCAAAUGAACUCUUUGACGAACUUCGAGAACGUUGCCUCGUCUAUGAUGGAGUCGUCAAUGCGACGUUCAUGGACUGGCACUGGAAGCAGGGGAAGGAUACUGAAGCCAUGGAGUCUUACCGCAACCUUCUUGAUCGUCAAUUCAAGAUGAGUCCUGUCACUUGCAAUACCCUUUUGGAAGUACUUCUCAAGUAUGACAAGAAGGCAGAGGCAUCGGCUCUUUUCCACCAAAUGUUGGACAACCAUACCCCACCAAGUUUCCAAGCUGUGAAUUCCGAUACAUUUAAUAUUAUGGUGAACGAAUGUUUCCGACUGGGGAAGUUAUCGGAGGCGAUUGAGGUGUUUAAGAAGGCUGGAACGCAACCGAAGUCGAAGCCUUUUGCCAUGGAUGCAGCAGGUUACAAUAACAUCAUGGGAAAGUAUUGUGAACAUGGGUUGGUAUCGGAGGCAGAGAAGCUGUUUGGAGAAAUGUCCACAAAGUCAGUUAUUCCAGAUAUGAACAGUUUCAGGAUUUUGAUUGAUGCUUAUCUGAAAGAAGAGAGGAUGGAUGAUGUUGUACAUUUUUUCAAUAAAAUGGUGGUUGAAUCAGGUUUGAGAUAUAAUGCAACAUACUGCAACAAGGUUUUGGAUGAGUUGGUCAAGAAAGGUAAGGUUGAAGAGGCUGCAGAGAUUCUGGGCCGAAUGGGGGAGAGAGAUGUGAAGCCAACCCCAACACAUUAUGAGAUUGUUAUUAUGGCACUAUGCAAGGAGGGUAAACUUGACAAGGGUAGGGAUUUGCUUAGUCAGAUGUUGAGGAAUGGAAUCGUUGGUCCCCCUACUCUCCGUGAUUUUGCAUCUGAAACUUUUAGCAAAGAAGGGAGAAAAGAUGAGAUCGAUAGAUUAUUUGAAAUGAGGGUAGGAGCAGUUGCAGGUAGGCCGCCAUAUUCACCAACUCCUAGAACUUUUGCUGGUAUGCCGCCAUCAUCACCACCUUCUAGAACUUUUGGAGGUAUGCAGCCAUCAUCACCGAUGCCUCAAACUGUUGCAGGUAUGCCGCCAUCUUCACCAGCUCCUGGUACUGAAGCACAGGUAGCUGCUGGUUUUAGAGUCUGACACAACCAUGGCUGCCGUUGUUUCCCCUCAAUUUUGAUUUGAGCGAGAUGGAUGUCAUCUUAAUUAUAUGAGGAGUUUUCUCCUGGUGGCUAUUAAUGUAAAAGUGGCUGUUGGUAAUGAGUUCUUCCACAUCUGUCUGAAUUGAUGGAUAUGGUCGUUCUUUGAGUC